GGAUCUUGGCUCAAAUCUGUUUAUGCCUUCAGGAAAGUGAAUGUGGGUUAGUGACGACACUUCCCCCUCUCUUCUUGGAUUCACCCCCGAAGUUUCUUUUUUCUCGCCUCCAGGGCGCUGUGAAGUCCACUUUUCUUCUUUUUACCUCUUUAGAAUAAAAACAACAUACAAACGCAACAAUGUCGCCGCCGUCUCGACGGCUUCAGACGAAGCCCGUGAUAACCUGCCUGAAGACUUUCCUCAUCUCCUACAGCCUCAUAUUCUGGGUCACAGGCGUGAUCCUGCUGGCUGUCGGGGUGUGGGGGAAGGUGAGCCUGGAGGCCUAUUUCUCCCUGGACGCUGAUGAGAGCACAACCAAUGCACCAUAUGUCCUCAUCGGGACUGGAGCCACCAUCGUUAUUUUCGGGCUGUUUGGCUGCUUUGCGACAUGCCGCGGCAGCCCAUGGAUGCUCAAACUGUAUGCCAUGUUUCUGACCCUGGUGUUCCUGGCUGAGCUCAUAGCUGGAGUCUCAGGCUUUGUCUUCAGACAUGAGAUCAAGGCCAAGUUAGAUACCGCCUACAAUCGGGCUGUGAAAUCCUACAACGGCACAGACAGCAGCAGUAGCGCAGUGGAUGCCAUCCAGAUGACUCUGCAUUGCUGCGGGGUGACAGAAUACACUGACUGGAAUACCACUGAUUACUUUAAAGAGAAGGGACUCCCGACCAGCUGCUGUAUCGACACCAGCAACUGCCAACCAGACAUCCUGAAGGACCUUGACAAGGCGAAGGCAGAGGUGUACAACAGGGGCUGCUUUUCACUGAUGACCGGCGUGAUGGAGGCCAACCUGGGAAUCAUCGCAGGAAUUUCCUUUGGAAUAGCUUUCUUCCAGCUCAUUGGGAUCUUCCUGUCCUGCUGCUUGUCUCGAUACAUAACCAACAACCAGUAUGAGAUGGUCUGACAGCGACUUUUCCACAGGUAACUGACGAGCAGCUCCGGAUGCAAACUGAGUUAAAAGAUUCUCCUGUGAUUUUUAAAUAUUUUGUGUUUGUGUUAGUGAUAUUAUUUUAGAGAGGGAAAAACACUCGCUGCUUCUUCUUUUAUUCAGUGCCACCAAUGAAAAACAAGCGGAAGGGAUUCAUGUCAAAGGGACAUUUUCUGCAGCUUAGUUUGACCAAAAUUAUAAGAAAAGGGACCUGGACAUUUCACAUCACGUGACUAUUAGGACAGGAGGGAUUUCCAGUUAGCAUAGAUGUUGUUGCUAUUUUUUUUGGUAAUUUACUCUUCAGAAUGUUGACUUUUCCAUUUUGUUGUGGCCUUGUUCAAUGCAGCUGCCUUACUUUUUAUUACACUUAAAUUAGAGUGUAGUUUAGCAUUUAAAUCUAGAUGAUAAGCUGUUAAAUGUUCAACUUUCCUGUAACACUAAGUGAACUUUUGUGUGUGAAACCCAUAUUUGCCUUAAAGACAGAUAAGAGUAUCCAACCUUAAACUAAGAUGGGGAUUGACAGUAAAACAAACUUUACUGAUUCUGUAGGCCAGUAUUGUUAAGAGACUCCAUUCAGUGUGUGCCAAUACAGUCGCCCAGCCAACUUUAUAUUACAGUGUUAAAUUGUUAUAUUUUUGUGAAUGCAUGUGGUAUACUUGAAAAAUAAAGAUAUUAUUCAGUAUCUUUAA